AUGCAAAUAAACACAAACUAUGAUGGUCUGGUUAUGCCCAACCACCACCUUCUUUCCACGUCUUACAACUCACACAACUCGUACAGUUAUCAACAAGAUCACAAUUUAUUAUCGUUAGCCAAUGGUCUCGGUCAAUCACCAUAUCUCCCCGCCGAAGAUUUGACCUUAUGCUUUGAUGGUUUAGCGGUAAGAUCUCCUACCGGCUCCUUUUAUUCAAACCAUAAUGGCGGAAUCUAUUCUCCUCAACAAAUUCAUAGUCCCGUCAAUAUUGGAAGUCCUCGCCUCGGUUACGGCAGUCCAAAUUCUCCCGUCUUUUUUGGUGGCUGUAGUCCGCAAUCCACCCAAUUUAAUCAGGCCAACUUUUCCAAUACCAAUGACCAAUUUGUCCCUUCUGGAUCCUAUGCUGGCGACCCUAUCAAUGGUUCAUUUAACAAUCACAACUCAUUUAUGGGUGGCUCUUCAUUUAACAACAACAAUAACUCAUUUGUUGGUAGUCCUUCAUUCAACAAUAACAAUUCAUUUGUUGGCAGUCCCAAUUCGCCCACACAAUUCCUCAAUAGUCCAUCAUUGGCACCUUCAUAUGUAAACAGUCCCUCUUUAGCCCCCACCACUAACACCACCACACCUUACACUACUGAACUUGGCAUUGAUACUUCCUUUCAUCAAGGAUCGUAUGGAUUCACGUAUCUUUCUCCGUCGUUACCCCCACAACAAACUCAGCUCUCACCUAUAAAUAGUCCUUCUCCCACGGGCAGCUAUCACAAUAACUUGUAUUUAUUCCCUCCCAACGCCACCACCAACAAUAACAAUAACUAUUCACGGCCUACUUCGCCUGUACCUGAUGACGUGAUCUUGACUGCAUCUGAAGUCAAUGAUUAUAUCAAUUCACCUUAUCUCUCGCCUUCAGUCUCGACCACGACAGGGCCAUUGACGAUGCAAGGACAAGACGUAUUUGGAACACCAGAUGAUAUGGAACUAUACCCAACCUCCAUUGUCACACCUUCCUCGCCACAAGCACAGCCACACUUGUUUUUCUCGGAUGAGGAUGGGGAAGAGGAUGGGGAGUAUGACGAAGAGGAGGAAGAUGAAGAGAUAGAAAAACGGGCGGCGGUGCGCAACAAGAUUCAAAUGACGCCUUCGGGAAGAAGAGCCAAGAUCCAUAAAUGUCCUUAUUGCAAUCAUACCAGUAACCGAGCCAACAAUAUGCGCGAACAUACACAAAUUCAUAACCCCAAUCGACCCAAACCUCAUGCCUGUAAAAUCUGUAAUCGUGCUUUUGCUCGUAAACAUGAUAUGAAUCGACAUCAUAUUGCUUGUAAGAAAAACAAGGCUGGAAAUAAUCGUUAUAUUGUCACAUAG